AUAUGUUCUUUAGGAAUUAUUUUGGGGAAGUUCUAUAUCCUGUGUAAUAUAGGAGAUCAGAUGAGAUGAUCACAAUGGUCCUUUUUGGCCUUGGAAUCUAUGAAUAUGAACACCAUAUGCUUGGAUGCCUAAUCAACCUGUGCACCAGAGCUCCAUGGUUCCUGUAUGAUUUUCAUGCUCAGUAAAGAGACAAAUAAAAAGCUAGCAGAUAUAAUUUUAUGAUUAUGCUAGACACAAUUACUUUGGCCAGAUGGCAGUCUCUCGAGCCUACGUUUUAACUACUGGUUCUAAUUCAGUGCUAUCCUGUCUGUCCUCUCAGCUUUGUAACUCACGCUGCAGGUUUGAUUUGUAUUCCACAACUUUCUGCUUUAGGGCUCUUGACUGAUCCCCCUGCUUUUAACCCGCCUCACCAUGAAUACCAUUGCUAACAUAAUACAGGAGCUGCGUGACUAUUGGGCAGACCAUUUCUCACGCAGAUUUCUACCGAAGAGACCUCCCCUUCGCCGAAUCACCUCCCUUUCCACUUUCUACCUCCUGGACUACAGAACCCGGCAGGCUGAACUGGGUUUGGAUUAUGGCCCUCCACGGGCUCAGCUGAGUGAUACCAAGUUUGUCUUCCAGGAUGGCAAAUGGCAAGGUGAGAGUGGCCUCUCUCAUCGGCCGCCACUGCUGCAGUUAUUCUCUUCUCAUGACCGGGAACAGUCCUGUAAGGUCAUGAAGAAGGAGAACAAGGCUCUCCUGGAGGAGAACAAUUACCUGAAGCUGCAGCUCGAGCUGUUGAUGGACAUGCUGACAGAGACCACGGCCCAACUGCACAUGGUGGAGAAAAAGAUGGACAUCCCCACAUGGCAUACCAAGAUGAAGAAGCCAAAUAAGAUGUUGAUGCUUAAGUCCUAGUAGGAACCUUGGAUGCAAGACCAGGGAGUUUACACUUGCUUGGUUCCAGAAGUCUAAAAAAUUCCUGAAUCAAAUUAACUUGUAGAGUGAUUUUUGCUUUAAUUGUAUGUAUUAAGUAAAUUAGAAUAUAUUUUAUGACUGCCAAAUAGACAGCAAGAAAUCAGUCACUACAGUUCAUUACACUUCAAAACCAAACCUGACUGUUCAUGGAUUGUGUCAUAAAAACAACAGAAAAGCAGUUUUACCCAUUAUUCAAAUGCCAAAAUUGGUAUUUAAAAAUAUUCUUGAACUUAAAAUCACUUUUAACUAACAGUAUAAUAAAAUAAAACUUAGCACUUUUAUGGUACUGUUCAUCUAUAGACCUCAAAGAACUUUAAAGGAAAUAUCAUUACCUCAAUACUACAGUUGCAAAACUGAUGGCAGAUAGAGAGGAAGGAUGGUCCAGUGGUUAGGGUACUAGCCUAAGAAUCAAGAGACCUAUGUUCAAUUUUCUACUCUGCCAGGGGCUUCCUGUGCAUGAUGACCUUGGUCAAGUUGCCUAGUCUCUCAGUUAUAUAAAUGGGGGUGAUACCUCCCUUCCUCUCAGUGGGUUGUGAGGUCUUUUAAAGAUGGUGAGGUACUAAGGCGAUGGGGAUUCCUUAGAAGUGGGAGCUCAGCCUUUAUGAUACUCUUCAGGCUGAAUCACCUGCGGAUGGUCUGGGUCAGUGGUACCAUCUCUUCUCCCUUAGGAUCUGCUGGGUGUUAUCAAGACCCAAGUAGAAUUAUUUCAGAAUUAAAAAAAACCCCUGUCAUCUUCUGAGUUCAGAGGCAUUUUCAGGAACCGUAACAGGUCCACUGUAAUAUAUAUAUAAAAAAUGAGGCCAAAUUACUGUCUUCAGUGCAGUUUGAGCAGCCUGGCAGUAAGAUGGAGAGUUCCCUUGGAGCUCUCCCUCCAGACCACCCUCUUGGCUAUACUCCAGAUUCAGGGAUCCAUUUGCCUUUGUGUUGCUUUGUCUGUCUGUUGCACGGGGAGAAGAAUGGCCAGUCAGUCUGUGUAAUGGCAGAUAAGACAGCCCCACCCCUAAAUCCCCCUACAAUGCAGCACAGAGCAGGGACCAGCCCUCCAAAACAGGGCUCCAUGAUGCUCCCUCUCCCGAAUGUAGCCUCACCCAGUGUAGUACUGGACCUGCCUGCUGCCCCUAAAUGACAAGGUGGCGGUCCCCAAUUUUAGCACAGCUCCCUCACCGGAGUCUAAGAAUAAAAUAUUUGUCACGUUCUGCUUUAGCAUCACAGACCAUCUGGGGCCAAAUAAACUACUGAUUUACAUCCCAUGCAAUCUCUGCAGGAUAGAGACCACAUCUACCUUUCUGUAUGACCAAUGCCUGGCAAAUCAGGGCCCCGAUUCUGGUUGUAGCCUGUGGCUGCCGUCAUAACAUAAAUACAAA